AUGGGCCGAUUCAUCAAAGCGGGGCGCGUCGUCGUCAUGCUCCAGGGCCGGUAUGCUGGCAAGAAGGCCAUCGUCGUGAAGACCUUCGACGACGGCUCUAAGGCACGAUCCUUCGGCCACGCCUUGGUAGCGGGCAUCGAUCGUGCGCCGCUGAAAGUGACCAGGCGGAUGUCCAAGAAGAAGAUCACCAAGCGCACUAAGGUCAAGCCUUUCGUCAAGUACGUCAACUACAACCACAUCAUGCCGACGCGCUACAACGUGCCUGCGGAGAUCUCUCCUUCCACGAUCUGCACCGACCAGCAGAUGGACACUCCGGAUGGACGCAAGGAAGCCAGGAAGUUCGCCAAGAGCACCUCGGCUUCCGGUGGAGCCAGAGUAAAAGAGCCAGAGUUGAAAAAUAUGUGUACACAUACAUAUGAGCGACUGCUUUUAUUUGUGUCAAUACCAUGCUCUCUUGAAACGAGACAGCUCCUUGCGCUAUUUGGUCCGAACUCGCUCUAA